UUUGGCCAUAGUAGUGCAAAGUUUUGCCACCAGAAUGCUCUAGGUAUGCUCCAGUCUUCUUAACCUAAAAAUGACUGACCCUCCAGAAAAACGUGACCGGCCAAAACGUUCAUGUCAAGGCAAUCAAAACCCUCACUACGAACCAGUCAAUCUAGAUGAUUCUGAGAUUGAGGGCGCGUUAAAUGAUGAUGAUGAAGAAGGGGACUUGUUGAGACACAGAGACCGCUUUUUUGAUGUGAAUGAAGUUAUUGGAAAUUGGAGUGAUGACACCGAUGAAGACCCCACAUACGAGCCUCCCAAUGAGCCGGAUCGUAAGGAAGACACGUCAGAAGAGGAUCCACAACCAGAAGCAAUCCAGCGAAAAGAAGGAAAGAGGAAGAAGGCGCUCACUAAGAAAAAGGGAGAUGGGGCUAAGAAAUCGAGAAAAACGAAAAAUCAGGACAAGGAUUUUUCACCCCCAUGGAGGACAGGACCAUUCAAUCCGACACCUUUGACGAUUGCUCAACCAGCAUACCUACCUAUCGACAGUGAUGACUGGACAGCUGAACAGUAUGUACAGCAGUAUUUCGACGAUGAUAUUCUUAAAAAAAAUAGUUGAGAAAUCAAAUCAGAACUACUUGUUGAAAACAGGAAAGGACCUAAAACUAAGACUACCUGAGUUAAAAAUUUGGCUAGGCAUAAACUUUGUGAUUUCAGCUCUACAAGUACCAUUGAUUAGAAUGUGUUGGGAAAAAAAGUGGAGGAUUCCACUUG